CUCCCUCCUCCCUCCUCCCUCUCUCACACACCCCCGCUUGGGCCUCCUCUCUCUCUCCGGCUCCAUUUUCUCCGCCGCCGGGGGCCGGGGUCUCCUGUGGGGGGUCCAGCCGGUACCCCAGGUCUCCCUUCAGGGCCGGGGUGAACCCCCGGGGGAGCCGGGAAGGGGAUAGACGGGCGGGGGUUGGGGCGGAGGGAGCAGCGGCCCCAGCGAGUUUGGGGGGGAAGUAACCAGGCGGGGGAGGGGCAGAGCAGGGAGGGGGCCUCAGGGCCCCCCCCCAACUAUGGACGAGCGGCUGCUGGGGCCGCCCCCUCCAGGCGGGGGCCGGGGGGGCCUGGGAUUGGUGGGUGGAGAGCCUGGGGGCCCUGGCGAGCCUCCGGGUGGCGGAGACCCCGGUGGGGGUAGCGGGGGGGUCCCGGGAGGCCGAGGGAAGCAAGACAUCGGGGACAUUCUGCAGCAGAUAAUGACCAUCACCGACCAGAGCCUGGAUGAGGCCCAGGCCAAGAAACAUGCCCUAAACUGCCACCGAAUGAAGCCCGCUCUCUUUAGCGUCCUGUGUGAAAUCAAGGAGAAAACCGGCCUCAGCAUUCGGAGCUCCCAGGAGGAGGAGCCGGUGGACCCACAGCUGAUGCGCCUGGACAACAUGCUUCUGGCAGAGGGUGUGGCUGGGCCGGAGAAGGGGGGGGGCUCAGCCGCAGCAGCUGCGGCCGCUGCAGCCUCCGGGGGCGGCGUGUCCCCUGACAACUCCAUCGAACACUCGGACUAUCGCAGCAAACUUGCCCAGAUUCGCCAUAUCUACCACUCGGAGCUGGAGAAGUAUGAGCAGGCCUGUAACGAGUUCACCACCCACGUCAUGAACUUGCUGAGAGAGCAGAGCCGCACGCGGCCCGUGGCACCCAAGGAGAUGGAGCGCAUGGUCAGCAUCAUCCACCGCAAGUUCAGCGCCAUCCAGAUGCAGCUCAAGCAGAGCACCUGUGAGGCCGUCAUGAUCCUGCGUUCCCGCUUCCUGGAUGCCAGACGAAAACGCCGGAACUUCAGCAAACAGGCCACUGAGGUCCUAAAUGAGUAUUUCUACUCCCACCUGAGUAACCCCUAUCCUAGUGAGGAGGCCAAGGAGGAGCUCGCCAAGAAGUGUGGCAUCACUGUCUCUCAGGUCUCCAACUGGUUUGGCAACAAGCGGAUUCGCUAUAAGAAAAAUAUUGGGAAGUUCCAAGAGGAGGCAAACAUCUAUGCUGUCAAGACCGCCGUGUCAGUCACCCAGGGGGGCCACAGCCGCACCAGCUCCCCGACUCCCCCUUCCUCCGCAGGCUCUGGCGGCUCUUUCAAUCUCUCAGGAUCCGGAGACAUGUUUCUGGGGAUGCCCGGGCUCAAUGGAGAUUCCUACUCCGCUUCCCAGGUGGAAUCACUCCGACACUCAAUGGGGCCAGGGGGCUAUGGGGAUAACCUCGGGGGAGGCCAGAUGUACAGCCCUCGGGAAAUGAGGGCAAACGGAGGCUGGCAGGAGGCUGUGACCCCAUCCUCGGUGACAUCCCCGACAGAGGGACCAGGGAGUGUUCAUUCUGACACUUCCAACUGAUUUCGUCCCUCAGGGCCACAGGGGUGGGGGCUCACAAGGUGACUCUUGAAGAGGAUGCAGGCAUCCAGAGGACAAACCCCAGACACAGGAGAAGCACAAGACAGAGAAGGGCAAAUGGGGUCGUCCCCUCCCCCACCAGAUUCUCCGUGCUGGGGGUGCUGAGUACAUGGCAGGGAGAAUGGGGUCCCCUAAGGGGAAAGUGGGGUCUGUCUCCCCCUUUUUUCCUUUAGUCUUUUUUUCUCUCUCCCUUUCUUACACAGAAACACACCUAUAAUCCUUUUUCAGAUCUAUCAUACACACAUGUACAGCUAUUCUGUUUCCCUCUCUCUGUCUGGUUUCUACCACUCUCCUCCCCCACCCCUUAUCUACUCUGGGAUCUGUGGAGACGCCAGCCUUGCCCCACCAGAGAUGCCAAAAAUGGGGACACAACUUCUGGACAGAGGACUUGGGCCACGCCCCGUGCCUCCCACCCCCUGCCCCUCCAGACGGCUUUAUUACCUCAUACGCAGCUCAUCUUAAACCAAUAGAAUCGCUCGGUGGACGAGAGUGUCUGACUCAGAUAUCUACCUCGGAGGGAGUUUCUGCUACUUUAGGGAAUUGUUGACUGGGCUUCGGGGUUGAUUUUUUUUUUUUUUUUUUUUUGGUGGGGGGAGAAAAAGAAACCCUAGAACCCAUCUGUAUUUUUAAAAAUUUUUUGGUUUUUUGUUGGUUGUUAAUUUUUAGUUUGGGGAAGUAGAUGCUUUUAUAAAUAUGUUGAUUUCUUGU